GUUCAUGCAUAAACUUAGCAUCAGUUUAACAAGUAAUUAUAUUACCAACAUGUUCAUAAUGUGGUAAGAUAUUUCCUGUGAUAUCGCAAUAAGGGAACAAUAAUUUGAAUAUUUCUUGAUCAUCUUACAAAUGAUUAUAAAUUUUAUUUCUAAACCUAACAUCAAAGAGUAUAACUCUAUUACGCUAUUACUCUUUGCCUAACAUGGGAGUUCCAUUGCUUCAAAACAGUUACUUUACAAUUUGCCCAAAAAAUAAUACUCUUUGCUGUUCUCUGAGUAGGUGAACAUAAAGCUUUUUAACAUUGUGAGUCAAUCAAAUUGAAAUCUUUUUAACAUGGAAUCAUCCAAAAAUAUCUUGGAUCGAAAUAUUCCCGUUGUGCCUCAGUUAGCUGAAUGGCAUGAUCAAGUUAACGGUAAAGUUCAAAAGCUUAUCAAGGAAGACUUUCCCCGUAAAGUACUAGCUCUCAAUGAUUUCCUUGCGGAGGAAUAUUUCGAUGAGAAAUAUAUUAAAGGAAUACACCAAGAAAUGAUUAUUCUACAAUCUCGUGUUGGUCUUCCAAAUGAUUUGCAUAUGAAUCUGGACACUGUAAAAGAUAAUGCGACCACCACAACAUCGAAAGGAAAAGAAAUAAAAGCGGCUUCCAUCGAAUCUACAGAAAGUCAAGAAGAGACUGACCACAAAAAAGCCAUCAUUGUCCCUGUAAAUAAUAAAAUUAAAACCAUUAGCAAUCUGGUGAAGCCAAAAAUGAAAGAGUUUCUUGCAGAUCUUAAUUUGAUAAAAUUAUGGAUUCAGUUGUUGAUGCCUAAAAUUGAAGAUGGUAAUAAUUUUGGAGUUGAAAUUCAGGAGGAAAUUUUGGCAGAAGUGCGAUUUGCUUUUAGUGACGGAUUAAUUUACUAUAACAGUAUGAUAAGAUAUCACAAUACGCGCGCAGGAAUCGUCAAGAAAAUUGAAAAGUGUCCAUUCAUAGAGGAUUACCAGGAAUAUCUUGCUGUUUUCGAUGAAGAUGAAUGGAUCGGUUUGAAAUCAACAGUGAUCAAAAUGCGGAAUCAUUACGAUAGACUUCACAGCUUGAUGACAAAAAAUUGGGAAAAACUAAUUUGUCCGCGAGCUUCUAAUUCGGAUACAAUGUUUUGAACAAACUCUACUAUGACCUAACAUGCAACGCUCAUUAUUUGUUGAAGUGUCUUAAAUAAAUAACUUCAACAAGUAAUACACAAGUAACAAACAAGUAACAAUUUUUGAUGAAUUUUAUAUUUGUUGUAAUAAAAAUUGGCUCAAAUUACAAUGUAAAUGAAUAAACUUAGCAUCAGUUUAACAAGUAA